AUGAAAGACCUGCUGUUUUCAAAAACCGACCACAUUCAAUCUCAGCUCAGCUUCCUUGUUCAUCGGAUAUGGAAGGAAAAUAUGCCCCUACUGAUUAAAUUUUUUAUCUGGUUGCUUGCUCGUGAUAGAAUUUCUUCGAAUGAGCUUUUGGUUAGGAGAGGCAUUCUUCAACCUUCUCAAUCUGCUUGUUCCUUUUGCUUUGAGAUGGAAACAAAUAUUCACUUAGUCAUUCAAUGUAACUAUGCAUGGAUGUUUUGGUCUUUUAUUCUUCUCAAAUGCAAUGUUAGAUGGGUCUUUCCUUUAUCGCUUGAGGAUUUCUAUAUUCAUUGGGUUGCUCUAUCGGUGGCUAGACACCGUAAUCUUUGGAAACUAAUAUGGUUUUUCGGUACUUGGAAUUUAUGGAAAGCGCGGAAUAAACGGGUCUUUCAGGAUGAGUCGGUGGAUAUCUAUUCUUUGGUCUUCUCGAGCAUUUGUAAUGCAGUGCAAUACUACAGAGUUCAAAAUAGGGCUUUUUUCUAUACAGGAAAUGAUGUGUUUCGUUCGAUAGAUUUUUUCUACCUUGGAGAAUCAUCAUCCUGCACCUCCAACAUCGAUGGAGAGCACGACAAUGAAGAAGAUGGUUCCGAGAAGCAGCGUUUGUUAGGCAUUCUAGUCGACUCAUAA